UCAAAUACUCUACCUAUCAUUACUAAUAAUUAAAUUGCUAAUUUCACAUAAAGAAAUUUAUUCUCUCUCUCACUAAUAAUUCUACGUCAGCCUUGUUCUCCAAAAUCACAUUACUCCCUCCACUAAGUCAAACUGCAGCUCUAUAUUUAGCAUGUAGCAACCUUCUCCUUCACCAAAACUGAACAAACCUAUCAACUAUCUUUUGAUAACCAACAGACAAGAAACAUAAUAUCGAUUGCAUUAUGCUUCUGCAGCUCUUGUAUCUCGUGCAACUCUGUUUUUUAACCCUAGCAUCGUCAUCAUCAUCUGUUUCUCCAUUCUUCAAGGCAAAAACAGGUUGUGAUGCCAAAUGUGGCAAUGUUUCAAUUCCCUAUCCGUUUGGAAUAAUCAAUCCAGAAGGGAAUGGUUGCUCAAUUGGGGGAACAGGGUUUGAUUACAGAAUUACUUGCAAUACUUCUUUCAACCCUCCCAAGCCCUUCCUAGAUACAGGUAAUGUUGAAGUCAUAGAUAUAUCAGAAAACAAAAUUCGCACUAAAAACACGCUAUCUACCUUAUGCUACAACAAAUUGGGUAACAUUACACUCGAUCUAUCAGUGGCCACAAUCGACGUCAGUAGAACUCCAUUUACAUUUUCAUAUACCGAAAACAUGUUCUUUGCGAUUGGGUGCAACACAUAUGCAACUAUAUAUGGGCCAGACUUAAAAAAUUACUCAAGCUCAUGUUCUUCAGAGUGUAAUAGCAGGGAAAAUGUGAUGGAUGGGUCUUGCUUUGGCAAAGGGUGUUGCCAGAGUACCAUCCCCAAGGGGCUAAAAAGGUAUGAAACUAGGGUCUCGAAAUACACAUCGCAGAACAAUUCUGCAACUUUUGAUCCUUGUAGUUAUGGUUUUAUAGCUGAGCAAGAUCACUACACGUUCAAUGCAUCAGAUAUUUUGAAUGGAACUAAUUUCAGAAGCAAAGGAGAAGAUGUACCUAUUUUGCUUGAUUGGGCCAUCGGGAACAAGACUUGUGAAGAUGCAAAAAAAGAUACGAUCAAUUUUGCAUGCCAAGAAAAUAGUUACUGCAUCAAUUCUGACAACAAUCCCGGAUAUCGUUGCACUUGCAACAAUGGAUAUGCGGGAAACCCUUAUCUCAGUCCUGGAUGCCAAGACAUAAACGAAUGUGAGGCUCAGAAUCCUUGUGUAGGAAUUUGCACCAACACCAUCGGAAGUUAUAAAUGUUCUUGUCCAGAAGGAAGUCGUGGUGAUGGGAUAAGAGGUGGGAGUGGUUGCUUUCACAACAAUCAAGAGUUUCCGGUGCUUAAGAUCUCUCUAGGUAUUGCUUUAGGUUUCUUCUUUUUAGUUAUAGGUAGUUCUUGGUUAUACUUCAGUAUGAGGAAGAGAAACCAAAUCCUGCUCAAGGCUAAAUUCUUUCAAAAGAAUGGAGGUUUACUUUUAAAGCAACAAAUAUCAUCACAAGAAAGUAGUGGAGAGUCCUCAGCAAAAAUCUUUACAGCAGAGGAGCUAAAAUUGGCAACCAAAAAUUAUGAUGAAAAAUUGAUCCUUGGGCGCGGAGGUCAUGGUAUUGUUUACAAAGGAACUUUGUCUGAUAAUCGCAUCGUGGCCAUAAAGAAAUCAAAAAUAGCUGAUGAGAGUCAAAUUGAAGAAUUCAUAAAUGAGCUUGUAAUCCUAACACAGGUCAACCAUCGAAACGUCGUGAAGAUCUUGGGAUGUUGUUUAGAAACUGAAGUUCCUUUACUUGUCUAUGAAUACGUUUCAAAUGGUACCCUCUCACAACAUAUUCAUACACUCAAGGAUGGUAUGUCGUCAUCCAUUUCUUGGGAAAGUCGGUUGAGGAUUGCGGCUGAAACUGCAGGUGCAGUUGCAUACUUACACUCUGCAGCUUCUAUACCGAUUAUUCACAGAGAUAUCAAAUCUGCGAAUGUGUUGUUGGAUGAAAACUACAUGGCAAAAGUUGCUGAUUUCGGAGCAUCAAGGUUAAAUCCUUUGGAUCAAAACGAAAUAGACACACUUGUUCAAGGAACCCUAGGAUAUUUGGAUCCAGAAUACCAUCAUUCUGGCCAGUUGACAGGUAAAAGCGAUGUUUAUAGUUUUGGUGUAGUUCUUGUAGAACUUCUAACGGGAGAGAAGCCUAUUUCUUUGGAGAGAUCGGAAGAACAACGUAAUAUCGCAUCAUAUUUCAUUUCAUUGAUGAAUGGAAACAAUGUGCUCCAUGUUCUCGGGACUCGGAUAGUGGCUGAAGGGAAUCGAGAGCAAGUCCUUGCAGUUGCAAAACUUGCAAAGAGAUGCCUCAGUUUGAAGAGUGAAGAUAGGCCUACAAUGAAAGAAGUUGCUAUGGAGCUAGAAAGUUUGAUGAAAUCGUCGUCGUCAACACACGCAUCAAUGCUAGAUAAUUACCGUAAACACAAUGAAGAGCGAAUAGUAGUCUCAGCAGCUGAGCCGACAGAUUUAUAUACAGUACCAAUAAGCCACUACUCAGUCGGUGAUACAGAUCAAUUUAGUACAGAGAGAGAUAUGACGAUGUCAUUUAAUCCAAGAUGAUUGUCUAAUUCACCUACACUGCCAUGUGGUUAUAUUUACCUAUAUUGCCAUCUGAAAUUGCCAAAUUUGGCAUCUCCACUAUAAGCAAAUGUUUCCAA